UACAUUUCAAACUCUCACUUCCUCCAUGAUUUAGAGUGAGCUCUGGCCACAACUACUGCCAUUCACCUUCUUCACCUCAUCUGUGUCCGCCGUCGGAAUCCAACUCUUCAUCCUCACACCUCAGGAGCCAGAGGCCCAUCCCCAGCCACAGCUCACAGGUCACCAUGUCUAGGAAGGUGGUCAGGUCCAGCAAGUUCCGUCAUGUCUUUGGCCAGGCGGUAAAGGCGGAUCAGUGCUAUGAUGACAUCAGGAUCUCCCAGAUGACUUGGGACAGCAACUUCUGUUCUGUCAACCCCAAGUUUGUGGCCAUGAUUGUGGAUGCCAGCGGUGGAGGAGCUUUUAUUGUCCUACCCCUGAACAAGACUGGUCGCAUUGACAUGUCCUCACCCACUGUCUGUGGUCACACUGGACCUGUUUUAGACAUCGAGUUUUGCCCACACAAUGACAACAUCAUUGCCAGUGGCUCUGAAGACUGUAGUGUCAUGAUCUGGGAGAUUCCAGAUGGGGGUCUGGUCUCACCUCUGAAGGAUCCCGUGGUCAAGUUGGACGGCCACUCUAAACGUGUGGGCAUCCUCAGCUGGCAUCCCACUGCCCAUAAUGUGCUAAUGAGCGCAGGGUGUGAUAAUGUGAUUAUUCUGUGGAACGUGGCCCGUGGAGAAUCAGUGUUGCGCAUUGAUUCGCACAGUGAUCAGAUCUACAGUGCUUCCUGGAACAGAAACGGUUCUCAGAUCGUCACCGCCUGCAAGGAUAAGAAACUACGCGUCUUUGACCCUCGCGAGGGCACGGUCAUCUGUGAGAAGGACAAACCUCAUGAAGGCUCCAGGCCGAUUAAAGCUGUCUUUGUGUCUGAUGGGAAGAUCCUGACCACUGGUUUCAGCCGCAUGAGCGAGCGGCAGGUUGCCCUGUGGGACCCUUUGAACUUUGGGGAAGCUAUGACUCUGCAGGAGCUAGACACCAGCAGUGGAGUGCUGUUACCGUUUUUUGACCCAGACACCGGCAUCGUUUACCUUUGUGGAAAGGGUGACAGCAGCAUCAGAUACUUUGAGGUCACAGAUGAGGCCCCAUACGUUCACUAUCUCUCCAUGUACAGCAGUAAAGAGAGUCAGAAGGGCAUGGGCUACAUGCCUAAAAGAGGCUUGGAGGUCAACAAGUGUGAGAUUGCAAGGUUCUAUAAACUCCAUGAAAGAAAGUGUGAGCCUAUUGUGAUGACCGUGCCUCGUAAAUCUGACUUGUUUCAAGAGGAUCUUUACCCUGAUACGAUUGGUCCGGAGCCAUCGGUGGAGGCAGAUGAAUGGUUUGAUGGUAAAGAUGGAGAACCAAUCCUGAUAUCGUUGAAAGAUGGUUUCGUAGCAACCACCAAGAAUAAAGAGUUUAAAGUGAUCAAGAGCUUGAUGAGCACCACAUCAUCUUCCUUAAGCAACCGACAGUCUGACAGUGCGGCCUUGCAGAAUGAGGUGAAGAAACUGAGAGAGAUGGUCGAGGACUUGACCAAGCGAGUGAGCGAACUGGAAAGCAAGUAGCUGAUGAGAGAGAUGGGUGCAAGGUGAUGAGACAUGAAUGCGAAAUGCAGAUGGAUGUGUAAAAGAUUUGUGUAUAAUGAAAUAAUAAAAUACGUUCAUGGAAACAAGAUAAAUAGAAAUAUGGGAAAUGUUUUCAGAGGAUAAAAAUUGUGUUGCCCACAUUCAGGGAUUUUGUUAGUUAAAAAUAUUCUUUAAUGUGAUCAGAUUUGUUUAAAGCUCAUUUUAAAAUGUAUGUUUUAUAGAAUUUGAAAUAAAUAUCUGGUAUUUUAACUUA